CAAAAAUCAAUGGCAGCAAAAAUUUAGAUCAAAAAGCACUCAAAUUUUAAUCCAACAUACAUGUCAUUUCUGUUUCCCAUGGCCUUAAGUUCCACAGAUACUAUGAAUUUAAUUGGUGUAUUCAUAUGAGAGUCUUUGGCUUUUCCUGUGCUCAUUAAUUUAAAUUAUUUACUUAUCAUCUUUUCUCCAAAACUGAUUCCCAUUCAUCAAUUUCACAUAAUAUCCUGUGUCAUACAUACAUAAAAUCACGCCUCUUUCCCGGAGGGGUAGGCAGAGACUGCCUGUGUGAUGAUUACGAAUUUGAAGAUUUUUGGGUGAAUGAUGUUUACUUAUUCAUUUCGUUUCAUUUUCUAUUGUUUCACGGUAACUUUAUGCUAGGCGAACCUACUCAUAGUUAAUUUAUCGGUGAUCUAAAUUUUGGAACAGAAAAAUGGACAUCAGUUCAAAGCCACAGUUUAUACCACAAAUACAAGAUGAAAACGUUGAUAUCAAAACAGCACUUAUAAUAUUUUCACAAAUCGUAUCCGAAAAUGUUGGAACUAAGAAAUUAUCGAUAUAUUACUUUAAGCAAGAUGACGAAUGCAUCUUCGAUGAAGUUAAAGAGUUACUCAAGAAGCUAUCAAUAGAAUUGAGUAUCACAUUCGUGGGCCUAGAAGAUUUUUUCAAUGUUUCUUUAAUGUUUGAUCGGCCUCACAUUAUUUAUUUGGAUAACAUUCUUGAGGAUCCUGUUAACAGAGAUGCUGUGGUAAGCACAAUCCCACCAUCCUCUUUCAUUAUAAGUCGGGGAAUAAAAGUGGAAGGAUUCACUGAUGACUACUAUGUCCCUAUGUAUGUAGCCGGUAAAGGAAAAGAUAGACUCGAAAUGUCACAAUGGAAGAUCGUAGACAUAUGGAAACAAAUAUCUUUAAGAACGCAUGUAUCUUUGGUUCUAGUCAAAUCGGUGGCUGAUUUAGAUGAAGUGCGCAAAGCUUUGAAAAAUGCAACGAAGUUCAAGAAAGUUAUACUAAUAGCAAAGUAUCCGGAUGUGUUCGGAUUGAAAGAGAUGGUUCAAGAGGUAGAAAGAGAAGAGAUUAAUUUGUUCGUGGUGUUUACUGAUACUGAAGUAACCGAAGCGGAAGUUAAACAGAGGCUUAAGUUCAAUAUUCCGUUUAGCGUUUUGCAUGAUGGAAUUUGGGGUGGGGAAUACUACGUGCCUGUGAAGAACGCUUGAAUAUAAAAUAUACCUACGUAAUAAUACUUUUUUAGAAAAACAUUUGUUAAAUAUCUUUGUGUCCAAAUAAAAGAGGAUGAGGAGAAUAUUA